CUGGUGUGCUUGUCCACCUCUAAUCCAUUCCUCCUCUAGCCAUUUCAUAUCCGUUCCUCCACGCGGUGCACAAUGUACAAAGAUCUUGGUAAAGCGACCCUGAAGAAGCAUCAUCUAGCAAAGGUGGUAAAGAUUCAUAUAAAAUUAGAUUCUUAUCAUAUAAUAAAUAGAUGAAUAAGAUAAAAUGACAGUCAAAGUCGAGACGGGAUGGCAAACGUAAAAUACGAGUAUCAGAGGCCUAUCGCAUGUAUGCAUCCGAUCGACCAAUGCCCGUCGCGACGUCUCAUCGACUAUUAAUACGCCCGAGUUAAAUCGGUCGACGUGGAUAUAUACGAUGAUGAAUUAAUCAUCGAAUCGGCUCUUGGGGGUCAAGCAUCUCAAGGGAAGCCACCCCAUUCAUCUGGAUAGCCGAGCCGAGGGAAGCUGGGAUUUCCGCAAAGCGUAUCCAGCAUCAGCCAGGACUGGGUCCAGAGUAUCGGACCUUAAUUUCCGCGGCUUUUCCUUAUCACCGGUGGACCAGAGGAGAUAGAUAAAGCGAGAAACUCGGCAUUCCUCGCGGCACACCUGGCAAGAGCAAACGUCUAUUAAUAUCGGCAAUACCGAGACUCGAUUUGCCCCCGAGGGUCCUGAUUGGACGAUCUCGAUCGACCCAUCGAUGGGGCAAUCGGCAAAUCGGGUACAAAAGAAAGGGCCGACCCAUCAAGCGGCCCCAAUUUUAUAUUUCACCGCCGAUAGGCAGACAUUCGCGUUCUCCACCCGCGAGUGGCGAUACUCGAGAAAGGAGAAGGCGCCGAGCAGCGUCCUUCGAUCCCGGUCGACUCGCCCCCAAAAGAGGAUCCUCUCUUCCGGGGGUGCCGAACGAACGAGAAAUAGUGAAAUCGAAGGAAAGAAAGAUAGAGGAAAAAUCCAACGAGACCGAAGGACAUCGAGAAGAGCGCUUUGAAACGGCCGAUACUCCUUCUUCGAGGUCCUCUUCGGGGUGUCCUAGCCGAGCGAGAUGUCGGGGCGGCUGCCUCUCUCGCAGAUGCCGGUGGACUCGAAGUGGCGCCACGGGCCCACCUAUGUCUACGACAUGAAUUACGGUUACGGUAUGAACUAUUACCAGCCGAUGAUCGACUAUAUCGAUCGGAGGCAGGUCGGAGCCAAAUCCGAGUAUCCCCACCUACCCUGGUCGGACGGCCGGCUGGUCUGGGAGAGCAACGAAGUGCUCCCGUACACGAAGCCCGACCUGGUCAGAAGAGCGGUCGACGCCGAGUUGCAGGCGAAGCAGCACCUGGCCCACUUCAAGGUACGUCGCGCCUCUUCGAGGUGGGUUCUCCGCCAGGGUUGGGUCGAGGGGCGCGAUCGGUUCGAGUUCGGCUCGGGCUCGCUCGGGCUCGCUCAAGCUCGCUCAAGCUCGCUCAAGCUCGGCGCAGCGACCGCCUGACCUUUCCGGCUUCUAAUUCGGUACCGAGGCGCCGCCGGGAUUCUCCUCCCCAGAGACGCCCAAGAGCGUCGGCACGGAAGACGCGCGACGUCGGAUCGAGCUUGAAAUACGCGGCCUGAGGGUGCAGCGUUAAUUUUAAUUCCUACUAAUCGCGAUUAAUCUCGAUUAGUCGGGAUUAACGGAGCCGCGGUUACCUCUGGGGAAGGCUUAGCACACGAGACGAUCGAAUCUCCUCGAGAUCGACAUACUUGAAUCGGGUCAAUUCCCCGGAUACGCUGGCGACCCCAGGGUCGCGAGUCCAUCGGGUGGGUUGUCCUUGAUCUCCUACCCCGUCGGGAACCUUAAAAAAAGCCUCGGGUUAGAGUCAAUUCAGGAGAUGGAAUCGGUCGGGUCGCGAUAUCUCGAUGUACUUUCGGAGCGCCCGGCAAGCGCUCCGGAUGCCAGAUCGGAGUAGCGAGACAUCAAAGAGGUCUCAAAAUAUCCCCGGCGUGCAGAGGCAGCGGCCAGGUCAUACGAAUUGGCACCGGCCUCUAGAGCGCCUUCUCUCGUCGCGACUUUCCCGCCGUGGGUAUCACGGAGUAUUAUCGGAUAGUACUCCUUGAUACUCCGGCAUCGAGCAACAUCCCGCGAAAUUCCCGAAGAUCGCGAGGCGUUCCGACUUCAGCCUCUCGAAGACGAUCGAGGCGAGCCGAGUGACGAAGGACGUCCUGACCACGGCGACGUUGGCGAACCCGAUCGUCCGGGCUAGAAGCGAGCCGCGAGAGAUCGCCCGGA